CCGGUCUUUGGGGAGCUAUAUACGUAAACUUGGAAAUUGACGUAGCAUAGAAGCGUCAAAACAUCAUAGCCAAAAGAACGCCAACGCGUCAUGAACAUCUUGGAGUUAACAAUUAGCCGGCAGUUCAUUCGCGAUCUACCGUCGCAAUGUCAACCCCCAAAAGAGCAUCCGAGAGCGUUCUCCACACGCUUGGUUUGCCUGAAAAGGAAUCCGGUGAACUUUGUUGCUUGGCGAAUGGCUCAUGAAUAUUAUAGAUUUAUAAUCGGGCCCCAAGACACCAAAGAUUGAAAACUUACCUGGUCACUCGUUAAUUCCUUGCACCUUAUCCCAUUGCCAAUCUACACAUAUCGUUAAAGAUGCUGAGGUUUACGUCUUUACUUGCGCUCUUGAGCAUUAGCGCUUUGGCUGGCGCGACGGCGCCGGAAGAUUGUCCUGCUACAGGCGUCUCUAUAAUUGCCCAUAGCGGCGACCCGGUCGGAAAGGAGCAAGUUUAUGAAGGGAUCAACAUGUAUGUCACGGGUAACACGUCUGAUGUAGGCGUGUUAUAUUUGACGGAUGUGUUCGGUAUCCAAUUGCUGGAGAAUAGACUACUUGCGGAUAGCUUCGGACGAGCGGGCUAUCUUACGGUCGCGCCGGAUUUGUUCAACGGCACACCGGCUCCGGGGGAUAUCAACGGGCGACCGGAUUUCAACGUGACCAAGUUCCUCGACGACCAUCGGCCUGAAGUCAGCGACCCGAUUAUAGCGACGGCCAUUGACUUCUUGCGCACCACGCUCGGCGUAAAGAAAGUCGUUGUUACCGGAUACUGCUUUGGCGGCCGUUACACGUUCCGUUUCUUGGCGGAGGGGAAAGGUGCCGACGUGGGUUUCGCUGCCCAUCCAAGUUUACUAGAGGAUGCGGAGAUUUCCGCAAUACGAGGCCCAGCUAGCAUCGCAGCGGCAGAUGCGGAUGAUAUGACACCAGCCGCGAGGCGGUCACAAAUCGAGGCUUUGCUUCUUGAGACUGGGCUACCUUACUCCCUUGCAUUAUAUGGCGGCACUUCACAUGGAUUUGGUGUCCGAGCUAAUAUUUCGGACCCGAAGCAGAAAUUCGGAAAAGAAGAGGCUUUCUUCCAGGCUAUCAGAUGGUUCAAUGCAUGGGCUUAAUACUAUUGGGUACGUCUAGUCUGUAAAGUACCUAGGUGGUUAAUGAGUAUACGUCGUCGCGUUUGCUAGUCUUUAGCAUGUAUAAACGUGCUGCCUCGUUGAUGUGAAUACCGAAAACACAGGUGUAGAAAUGUAAAGGGACCCGAUGAAGACCCAGUACGGAAUAUGCAUUGUGCACUAAAGAGUAGGGAUUGGCAGCAAGUAGAACAUCGAGCGUAACCAUAACAGUCGUAUUUUGAUGUGUUUCGGAUGAUUUAACAGCGAUGAUCCUGAAGUCAUGGUGAUUUGCGUUAGACACGAGUCAAAACCGGGAAACCUCAGCAGGGGAGUAAACAAGUGUGGAUCAUAAUAUUAUCAACGUGUUCAUAUGUACCUAGUUAGAUGUUGAUAUAUAAACUGAUUUAUGGAGUUGAGCUAAACUUCGAAUAAAAUUGGAUUAUACGACUAAUUUGCUUAGAGGUAAAAAUGAAAGAGGUUUAAUGUUCGCUAGGUUUUCGAAAGCAAAACAUACUUGCACUAAUCGAUAAUGGUUCCUAGCUCAUGGUAAAAUAGAUUCAGUGAGGACGACAAUGGGGGAUCGUAAA